AAGAAGGAAAAAUACAGACCAAAUGCCAAAAAAGAAGAAGAAAAAAGGAGACCAAAUACAGAUCCAUUGCUUGACUAGAGAGAGAUAUUAGCUUUCUCAUUUACAUUCAUACUUAAUUCGCGCUCAUUACUAUAUAAAAUUCUUUGAAUUGCAGUUUUUUCCAUAAUCUGAAUACCAAUGAUAACAUUUAUGAACAAUCAAUUCGUUGAAUAUGAUGAUGAAUAUUUGAUUUCUUUGAAAGUUAUCUUGUAAUAAACCCGUAUAAAUACCUACUCUUUCCCUAAGAUCAGAUAUAUCUUGUAUCAACUUUCAUAUUCUGAUAUUCACCAAAACUCCUAUCCAAAAACAAUUUCAAAAAUAUGAAUUGCCUUAUGUUCUCCAAAAUGCUAUUAGCAUUCUCUUUGGUUAGUCUAUUUUAUGUUGGUAAUGCACAACAAUCAUAUGGCAAUUCAACGGUUUCGGCACUUUUCGCGUUUGGAGACUCAAUACUUGACACAGGCAACAAUAAUCUUCUUCCAAGUUUUAGUAAAGUCAAUUUUUAUCCAUACGGUAGAGACUUUAUAGGUGGAGUAGCUACCGGGAGAUUUGGAAAUGGGAGAGUUUUUUCUGAUAUGAUUGCUGAAGGUUUGGGAUUGAAGAAUAUCUUACCAGCAUAUCGUGAUCCAUACCUCUCUGACAAUGAUCUAACGACUGGUGUUUGUUUUGCAUCCGGUGGAUCUGGACUUGAUGCAAUCACUGCAAGAACAACAGGAAGUAUAUGGGUGUCAGACCAGGUCACAGACUUCCAAAACUACAUCGCCAGACUAAAUGGUGUAGUAGGGAAUCAAGAACAAGCAAAUGCAAUUAUAUCAAAUGCGGUUUACCUAAUCUCCGCCGGAAAUAACGAUAUUGCUAUCACUUAUUUUACUACGGGGGCUAGAAGAUUACAAUACACUCUUCCAGCCUACAAUGAUCAAUUGGUCUCUUGGACUCGUGAUCUCAUAAAGAGUUUAUAUGAUCUGGGUGCAAGAAAAUUUGCGGUUAUGGGAACAUUACCGCUAGGUUGUUUACCAGGAGCAAGAGCCUUAGAUAGAGUUUUAUGUGAACUCUUCUCAAAUCAAGCAGCUGCUAUGUUCAACCAACAAUUAUCUGCCGACAUUGACAAUCUUGGUGCAACAUUUCCGGGUGCCAAAUUCGUGUACGUAGAUAUGUACAAUCCUCUUUAUGGUCUCAUCAGUAACCCUCAAGCUUCAGGGUUCAUUGAUGCAGCUGAUGCUUGUUGUUGUACGCCAACGGCCAUAGUACCGUGCCCGGAUGCGUCUCGUUUUGUGUUUUGGGAUGUCGCCCAUCCGACCCAGCAGUCAUACCAAACUAUCGCACCACCGAUUAUUGAAAAUAUCAAAGCAAAGCUCGCAUGAUCUAGUUAUCAAGCUCUUUUGUAUUGAUAAUCAGUUAUCAAGCUUUUUAGAUUGUUUUUGUUUCAUUUUCUUUCGGCAAGCUUUUUUAGAUUGUCAUAAUUAAUAUCGAUCAGUAUGUUUUGAUAACAUGUUUUAAGAAAUAAUAAGUUAUCGAUCGGUUACCUCAA